AUGGGCUUGCCUCGCCCGCACGCAGAAGUUGACCUGGCGCAGCUGGAAGCUAAAACCAGAGCUCUCAGUUUGUUCUGUCAUCCAGACAAGCGUGGCGGCGACCGCCGUGCUUACUUGUUUCUCACGACAAUUAAAGAGGAGUGCGAGAAGCGGAUGAAAGAGAAUGAUACGAAUUGCUACUUGGAGCAAGCCCGUAGUCGGGGUUCGAACAAGCAGACGGCUGCUGGUGGUGGUGCUCCACGUGGCUAUGCUGCCGCUGCCGGACCGUCUCCUCCCUGCAGCACGUCCCGGUCGUCUUUUGAUGACCCUGGGCAUGACCCUUGGCAUGAUCCUCCUGCUCCUCCUGGCGCCGCUCACAGGGAGCGCGCCGGACCGUCUUCUCCGCAGCCUUCUGCUUUUCGUCCGCGUGCUGACUGGACGGUGCCCAAGGAGACCCAAGCCUAUUGGGAGACGUCAGACGAGUACAGAAUGAUCGCUGUGUGCUGUCGGAAGAGCAGCUUUGAUUGCUUGGGAUGGGCAGCUACGUGUACCGGCCGUGGCAGUUUGUGCAGUGCGCGCUCGGAGGCAACGACCCCAGCACGUGUUGCGGUCGCGUCAAGACGUGACGCACAUCUCGUAUCUGUGCGUUCAAGAAGGAUGUCCGAGAUGCUGCCUAGCUGGAGUGGAUCCAUCUCACGUCUUCCUCUGCUCCUUAGUCUCUACGACUCAGGUUUUAUCAACAUGUCCUGA